CCCAGCUGAGCCGAGAUGGAAUUAGCCUCCAGUGGAAUAAGCCUGUCCAGCCGCGAGUGCAGCAGCGGGGCAGUCGGUGUUCGGCGUCCUGUGUGCCAGCAGCAUGGCCACCCCUGUGCUGCAAGACAUCCCCUUGCUCCCUGGCUCCCCACGCAGGCUGAGCCCUCGUGCAGUGGCCAGGGGUGUCCAGGGCCCCAAACAAGGACAGCAAUUCCUCAAGGUGCCGGGUCCCCCAGCCCCAGGUCUGCAGGGCAGCUCCAACCGAGAUUCUGGCCAGCUGUCCGGUGAAGAGAGCUCCCACAGCAGCUCCGUCAUCAACAACUACCUGGAUGCCAACGAGUCAGUGUCCUCGGAGGCCCCUCUGAGUCGCAUGCACUUCCAUGACAACCAAAGGAAGGUCGACUACGUGCUGGCCUACCACCACCAGAAACGAGGGGCGCAUACUAGCCACAGCUCCCCUGGCCAGUCGCUGGCCAUCAUCUCCAAUGGGGAGACUGGCAAGGAGCCCCAUGCUGGGGGCUCUCGUGACAUUGAGUUGGGGCGGCUGGAUGCCCUGGAGGAGGAGAGGAAGGAGCAGCGGGAGGAGUUUGAGCACAACCUGAUGGAGGCUGGGCUGGAGCUUGAGAAGGACGUGGAGAAUAAAAGCCAAGGAUCCAUCUUUGUCCGGAUACAUGCCCCGUGGCAGGUGCUGGCCAGAGAGGCAGAAUUCUUGAAGAUCAAAGUUCCCACCAAGAAAAUGUAUGAGAUCAAAACAGAAGGCUGCAUUGCAAAGAAGUUCAAUGAGAUUCUGCAGAAGCUGAGCUCACCCCUGAAGCCCAGAGUUCCAGAGCAUAGUAACAACAGGAUGAAAAACCUAUCCUACCCAUUCUCCAGGGAGAAAAUGUACCUGUACAACAUCCAGGAUAAGGACACCUUCUUUGACAAUGCCACCCGUAGUCGAAUUGUGCAUGAGAUCCUGAAGCGCACAGCCUGUUCCCGAGCCAACAACACAAUGGGUAUUAACUUUCUGAUAGCAAACAAUAUCUAUGAGGCAGCCUACCCUCUUCAUGAUGGUGAAUAUGAUAGUCCAGGGGAUGACAUGAAUGACAGAAAGCUGCUGUAUCAAGAAUGGGCACGCUAUGGAGUGUUUUAUAAGUUUCAACCUAUUGACCUCAUCAGAAAGUAUUUUGGAGAAAAAAUUGGACUAUAUUUUGCUUGGCUGGGAUUAUAUACAUCAUUCCUCAUCCCAUCUUCUAUAAUUGGUGUGAUUGUGUUUCUUUAUGGAUGUGCAACAAUUGAAGAAGAUAUUCCCAGCAAAGAGAUGUGUGACCAGCAGAAUGCCUUCACCAUGUGUCCCCUGUGUGACAAGUCCUGUGAUUACUGGAACCUCAGCUCAGCCUGUGGUACAGCUCGGGCCAGCCACCUGUUUGACAAUCCUGCCACUGUCUUCUUCUCCAUCUUCAUGGCUCUGUGGGCUACCAUGUUUCUCGAAAACUGGAAGCGAUUACAGAUGCGAUUGGGCUACUUCUGGGACCUGACUGGUAUAGAAGAGGAAGAAGAACACUCCCGGCCUGAGUAUGAAACCAAAGUUCGAGAAAAAUUGCUAAAGAAGAGUGACCAGACUGUUGUCCAGAAAUUGGGGACCAACAUGAGUGAGAGGGGGGAUGAGGAUGAUGAUGAAGAUAAGCUGACCUGGAAAGAUCGCUUCCCAGGUUACCUGAUAAAUGUUGUCUCCAUCUUGUUCAUGAUUGCCCUGACCUUCUCCAUUGUCUUUGCGGUCAUUGUGUAUCGUAUCACAACUGCAGCUGCUCUGUCUCUCAACAAGGACACACGCUCCAAUGUCCGGGUGACAGUGACAGCGACGGCGGUCAUCAUCAACCUCGUGGUCAUCCUCAUCCUGGAUGAGAUCUACGGUGCAGUGGCCAAGUGGCUCACCGAAAUCGAGGUUCCAAAAACAGAACAGACUUUUGAAGAACGCCUGAUACUGAAAGCUUUCUUGCUAAAGUUUGUGAAUGCCUACUCGCCCAUCUUCUAUGUGGCCUUUUUCAAAGGGAGGUUUGUGGGCCGACCUGGAAGCUAUGUUUAUGUGUUCAAUGGUUAUCGCAUGGAAGAGUGUGCUCCUGGGGGCUGCCUCAUGGAGCUCUGCAUUCAGCUUAGCAUCAUCAUGUUGGGGAAGCAGCUGAUCCAGAACAAUAUCUUUGAGAUUGGAGUACCGAAGCUAAAGAAACUAUUUCGGAAGCUGAAAGAUGAAACAGAACCUGGAGAAACUGACUCUGCUCAUUCAAGGCAUCCAGAGCAGUGGGACCUAGACUACAGCUUGGAACCAUACACUGGACUGACUCCAGAGUACAUGGAAAUGAUCAUCCAGUUUGGCUUUGUUACCCUCUUUGUGGCCUCCUUUCCUCUGGCACCUGUGUUUGCCCUCCUCAACAAUGUCAUUGAAGUGCGGCUGGAUGCAAAGAAGUUUGUCACGGAGCUGAGACGGCCAGAUGCUGUGAGAACCAAAGAUAUUGGGAUUUGGUUUGACAUUCUCUCUGGAAUCGGCAAGUUCUCCGUUAUCAGCAAUGCUUUUGUCAUUGCCAUCACCUCCGACUUUAUUCCCCGCCUUGUGUACCAGUACUCCUAUAGUCACAAUGGGACUCUGCAUGGCUUUGUCAACCACACCCUCUCCUUUUUCAACGUCAGUCAGCUGAAGGAGGGAACACAACCUGAAAACUCACAGUUUGACCAGGAUGUUCAGUUCUGCAGGUUUAAGGAUUACCGAGAGCCGCCGUGGGCCCCAAACCCAUAUGAAUAUUCCAAACAGUACUGGUCUGUUCUGUCUGCCCGUCUGGCUUUUGUCAUAAUCUUCCAGAACCUUGUGAUGUUCCUGAGCGUCCUUGUGGACUGGAUGAUCCCAGAUAUCCCCACGGACAUCAGCGACCAGAUCAAGAAAGAGAAGAGCUUGUUGGUGGACUUCUUCCUGAAGGAGGAGCAUGAGAAGCUUAAGCUGAUGGAUGAGCCAUCCCCCAGCAGCCAGGGAGGAGGCCAUCAGAGCAGGAGGAGCCGGGCAGCCAGCUCAGCACCCUCUAGCCAGAGACAGCCAGGCAGCAUCGCAUCCUCUGCUUCUCAGCACACCAGCGUGUGAGCGAGCCAGCCCCACUGCCAAGGGGGUGCUGCGGCAGUGAGAGACCAUUCGCAAGCAUGUCUGUGCUUCUGCACAGUGUGGUGUCUGUCAUCUGCCGGGAUAUGGCAUGAGGGGGGUCUUGAAAUGGGUGUGUGUGAAGAGAGAGAGAAUGAGCUCAGAAAGGAAGAGAAAUGAUGCUGCUCCUUAGAAACUUCAAAAUUAAGUUUAUUUUACCUUAAUCUUUGGGGGAUUGGUACCAUUUUGAGUUUCUCUAUCCCAGAAUUCCCAGGCACUGAAACCAAGGGUACUUGUGACUUGGAUUAAAUUAGCUUUAAGUCCUAGCUCUAGACAUCAUAUCCUUCUUUCUAUAUAUACAUAUCCCUCAGAGACUUAACCUUUCCCUCCAUAAUCAGCAGCCCCCAAGGCAGGAGAAGACAGUAGCUCAGACCUGACAAAUGGUCACAGGAUCUAGGUCUCUGUCAGGAUAAAGAUCACAUCUUCACCUAAGUUAGGUUUCAGUUUCUGAGCCCUAAGUUGGAACAACCCCCUGGCUACUUUCCCAUGAAACUGGACAGAGGGACACCAGGAAAGACCUCAGAACUGUCCUCAAGACCUGAAGAAAUGAUUCAUUACACUCACCUCACCUCCAACCAAUCAACUCCCCACACAACCCUGAACCCCUAACCCAUAGUGUCUUCUUUUCUGAUUUUCCUCUAUAUAAUCUGUUACCUAUACUCUAUUGGAGAGUUGUGAUUUUUUUUAGAGCUCUUUCACACACCUCCAUUUGGCCAAUUCAAUAUUAAACUAUUUUUUUCUUUCUAUACUGCAAACCCCUGUUCAUGCAUUUCAUUGGACCAGUGUGUGUAGGCAGGCGGAUUCCAGGAAAAACAUCAGGGUUCCAGUAACAGCACCAUAAGCCUUCCCUAUGUUUCCUCAGGUCCCCCCUCAUUUCAGAUGGCUGCAGGCCAUGACAGAAGUGUAGUCAGGGCCCUGUUGUAGCAUCCAUCAUAAGUGAUCAUUUCCCUGCUUCCCACCAUCACCCUGAGAAAAUUCUGAGUACUUACAACCCAGGCUGUCAUAGUCUUGGUGGAUGCAAAUUAAAUGACAGGGCUGAUUAUUUCUGUGGCCACUGGACCUGAUGGGGAGUUGCAAAGUUUCAAACCUGGGCUUGUCUUCAGUUCAUGUCACAGGCGUGCUUUGAGCUGAAUGUAACUAACCAUCAUUUUAUGCAGAUUCAGAUUUAAAGUAAAAUAAAUUGAAACAUUCUUUAUAAAGAUGCUUCUCAUCUUUGGUUUUCUCUUCCCUCAUCCCAACCAAUAUUUAUUGAGCACCUACUAUGUGCCAGACAUUGUUCUCAGACUAGAGAUACGUGAGACAAAAAUCCCUGCCUCAUGGAGUUUACAUCAUGGGGAGAGACAGACAAUAAGCUGAUACAUGUAUAGUAUUUUAGAUAGUAAUAAGUGCUAUGGAGAAACAAAAGGAAUAAGAGAUAGGAAGUGUGAGGACAUCGAAGGUACAGGACUUAUCAUUUUCUAUGCAAAUUCAUUUCAAACCCAAGAUGAUUAAAAGCUUAUGUCUUGCAAUGUUAACAUCAUCGAAUGGUAGCAGCCUCCCAGAUCUCUGUUGUGAUAUGAUUUUCAAGUAUAGUUCUAACCCAAGGGCCAAACAUCAUUCAUCACUGCCUUUCACACACCUCAACCCCACCUGCUUUCCAGAAAUCAGCUGCACAGUCCUCUUCCUCUGGACCUGGCCCCAUUUUGCAGGACAGUUUGGUGGAGUCUAACCCAAUGCCUGAAUGGAAGCUGCGAAGAGGCCAUGCUCCAGAGGAGAAAUGAGAGUUAUGCUGAUAUUUGAAUACAUCCGGUGAUGCAAGGGCCCAUGGGUGCUUAGACUGGUCAUCGUGGCUGCUCCACAUGCUUCUUGUUUCCUCCUAUACAUGUUCAGGAUCACACUGCUGCCAACCCUGGCUCUGGAAAGUGGGCCCUCCUUUUAAAAAGAUACCAGGGCAGCCGGCUGGCGUGGCUCAGUAUUUGAGCAUUGACCUAUGAACCAGGAGGUCAAGGUUUGAUUCCUGGUCAGGGCACAUGCCCAGGUGGUAGGCUCAAUCCCUAGUGUGGGGUGUGCAGGAGGCAGACAAUCAAUGAUUCUCUCUCACAUUGAUGUUUCUA